AUGCUGGAUUCAGUCAAGUGUGUCCUAGUGGGAGACUCUGCAGUGGGGAAAACAUCUCUGUUGGUACGUUUUACCUCUGAGACUUUUCCAGAUGACUACAGACCUACUGUGUAUGAAAAUACUGGAGUAGAUGUCUUCAUGGAUGGUGUACAGAUCAGCCUAGGUCUUUGGGACACAUCUGGGAGUGAUGCCUUCAAAGGCAUUCGCCCCCUCUCAUACCAACAGGCAGAUGUGGUAUUAAUGUGCUACUCUGUGGCAAACCACAAUUCCUUUCUGAAUCUGAGGAACAAAUGGAUUGGUGAGAUCCGCAGCCAUCUGCCCCGCAUCCCUGUUUUGGUAGUGGCCACUCAGACUGACCAGCGGGAGGUGGGGCCCUACCGUUCCUCCUGCAUCAGCUCCAUAGAUGGGAAGCGGCUUGCCCAGGAAGUUCGAGCCAAAGGCUAUCUGGAGUGCUCUGCCCUCAGCAACCGUGGGGUGCAGCAGGUAUUUGAGUACGCCGUGCGAACAGCAGUCAAUCAGGCCAAAAGGCAGAACAGGCGGAAGAUCUUCUCUGUGAAUGAGUGCAAGAUCUUUUGAGGACUGUCAGCAGUGGGUUCGCCCGUUCGUUCCUUCUGUCUUCACACAAAGGUACUGCAGUAGAGAGAAUGGGAGCUGAAUCAAAGGAGGACUUCUGACAGGAUGACAGUGCAGGUGUCCCCACUGAGACAGAUGUGCACUCCAUCUGACCAUGCAUGGGCACUAUCUUGAAAACAUGAAGGUGCAGGUACUUACCCUUAUUCACAAGCCUUUGUUUGGACUUCCCUAGCUUGGACUGAA